GCAACUACAAUUUUCUGACUGAUCUGACAGAUACAGACGGAGUGAAGUGUUCGACGCUGUUCUUCUGAAGUUAAACAGCUUUUCUGCAUCAGGUUCAAAACCAGAAUGAAAAUCCUCCAUAUUCUCUUUUUCUGGUUCUGGUCAGAUCCAGCUGGGCUCGUCAAGGCAAAGCACAAUAUUUGGUCUGCAGCUGAAGGAGGAAAUGCUUCACUUAACUGCCACUUAACUUCGACUGGAAGCACAAAGUUCUUCUGUAAGGAAAAAUGUGAGCGAAAUGAAGAUAUCGUCAUUAAAACAGAUGGAAGCACAGCUCAGAGUGGGAGACUCAGCAUUAAUUAUAAAGAUGGAGCUUCAGGAAGACGAAUUGUGUCUGUGACCUUCACACAAAUGAUCAAGUCUGACUCAGGAAUGUACAGGUGUGGUUUGGGAAAAUCUUCUGCUCCAGAUUCAUACGCAGACUUUGAGAUCAGAGUUUCAAAUGAUCUGGAUAAAAACGUUGGUUUUUAUCGCACACAAACUGAGGGAAAAGCAAUCACAUUGACAUGUAUCGAUAGUCCAUCUGGAAAGAGAAAGUUCUUUUGUAAGAAUCAGUGUAAGAAUGAAGGGGAGAUCCUCAUUGACACAACUAAUAACAGAGCUAAUAGUGGCAGAUACAGCAUCAAAUACAGAGCAGGAUCUCUGUUUGGACUGUAUGCAACCAUCACACAGCUGACCAAGUCAGACACAGGACGGUACAGGUGUGGUUAUGGAAACCCUCUGUCUCCAGAUUUAUACUACAGUGAUGAUGUUGUUGUCAUUGAUGCUUCAAACCCACCUACCUCCACACCACAAAUAACGACAACAACAACAACCACAACAACCACAACAACAACAACAAGAACAACACCACAGAGUCAGAGUUUCACUGCAGGAGUCUCUGCACCUUCAUCAAAUUGUCCUGAGUCCUUCUUACCUCUGGGUGUUUGCGUGUCAUUGGUUGGUGUUUUGCUGAUGGCUGUUUUCUUCCUGCUCCUCUACAUUUGUAAGACAAGGAGGAACACUGGACUGAAGACAAGUGAAAAUGCAGAUGACAAAAACAUGGAGGUCACAUAUGAGAACUGGACUCCAAUCUCCAAAGCUACUCUUCAUCAUUAAACACGGGAGUCUAAAAAUUAAACACUGAUAGAAAAUCGUCUGACACCCUCCAAAUUUUCAGUGUAACUGUUUUUAUGUCUUUCAGCCUGUUCCUGAAACUUAAUGACAUUUAGAAUCUGAUGUGGUAGUUUGAUUUAGUAAAUUCUUUAAUUUUUGUAACUAACAGAAGUUGGUUGCUGAUGAUGUUGUGGAUUUAUUUGUUUGGGUGGUCUAAGCUUCACAAAAUCUGGGGUUGUUCCGAGCUCCAAUAGUGAGCUCAGUUUUUGAUGCCAAUGCUGGUUAGCAGAAGAUCUGGCGAAGAGUCGGGUCAACGCUGGUCUUAAAUACAGCCAUGAUAAUGAGCUCCAGGUGGGGCUCCAGGGAGUAGUGAUGUGUCAUGUGCAAAAGGGCUUUGCAGUGAAUCAGAAGAGCCAACUACCAUUGAUUGAGAAUCCGUUCAGUCAGCGAGUGAAACGGUAGACAGCGGUGAGCAGGAGAGUGCGAGUGCAUCACAAAAACACAUAAAUAUGACUGACUCCAGUAAACAAAGCAGCAUCUGGCUGCAGUUUAAAGAAGAAGCAGAUACUAACAGAGGAGAAACCAAAUCAGCCCAUCCAAGCUGAGGGAUUUGAGUUUUCUGAAAGUUUUUUGAAUUUCAGCCUGCACUGAGGACAAACUGUUUGGCUGCUGAGUUUGGUUUCUGUUCUGUGGAUUUGUUUGCAGUGUUUUGUUUUUGUGUUAAAUUAAAAUUACAGCAUACAGGGCUGACUGCACACUCAGUCCAAAACAGCAGCCCCUGAAUGAAUGUUCAGCCUUUUAAAGACACAGGUGUGCCCAAUCAGUCGCUGAUUGGCCUGGCAUCCCUCAGAUGGUCCAAUAGACUUUCUCUGCACCACAGGUUGCAACACUCAAAUUUGCUUGGAGAUAGGCUGGCUAGCUUCUUACAAGGCCAGGGGCCGUAACAUGGACAACAGCACCACAUGUGCUGAUACCUUAUUGAAUCAAAUAAAUGUUGAACUAUACUCACUCCAGUAUUAGAGAUAGACAUAAUGUUCUGUAUGUAUAGAUAGGUGGUCUAUGAUAUUGUAAUAGUUUAUUAAUCAAGUAAUUAUUAAUUUGUUAUUUCAUCAUUGUCACAUGGUUUUAUUUCAACACCAAUUUGAAUAACACUUGGAAGAAGAGGGAUGGAGUGUGGCGUCAGUGUUUUGUGCAAAUAAUCCCACAGGAACAGGAGUCCACAGAGAACAGAUAGAGAAGGAGGAGAGCCGGAAAACAAAGAUGUUGGCAAAGGCAUCAUUCUUCAAUUUGGAUCUGCAGCUCUCCUCCAUGAACACCUCCCUCCCUUUAUAUUUGCACUGCCUCAUCUCUGAACCGAGCUCCUUCAUCUAUCGUGCAUUUAUCAUCACCACCAUCUUCCUCGUCCUCCCCAUCUGCAUCCUCAUCCUCCAACAUGGUCUCCAAGAAUGGAGGAAAAAAGGCUCCACCUUCAUGGAAGUAACACUGAGUCACUCUGACUGCUUCACCUACAACAUCGUCAUCAUGGACCUGCUUGCUGUCUUUGGGUCUAUCUUCGGCUUACAUAGUAUCAUCGUUAAUAAUUUAAACAUGUUAUUCUGGGCGUUCUUUCUUUACUCUGUCUGCUGGUUUGGACUGAUUUUCUUUCACAUGCUGACUUGUGUGGAGCACUACAUGGCUGCUGUUCAUCCCAUCACUUAUCUGAGCUUAAGAAAAGAAAGAGGUGUUAGAAUAAGGAUAAUCAGCAUAGGCUGUGUUUGGCUGCUUUGCUUUGCUAUAGCAGGUUUCAUAAUUAUAGAAGAUAUCAUCAUCUCCAUUGUGAAUUUCUGCCUGUUGACAUUGUCUUUAACCGUCUCCUCCUUCUGCAGCCUUUCUGUUCUCCGUGUCUUAAUUCAUUCAGGCCCAAGAGAAGAGAGCAGGAACAGAGACAGGGUUGACCAGUCAAAGAAGAGGGCAUUUUACACCAUUGUGACCAUACUGGGAAUGCUGGCGUUGAAAUUUUGUUGGGAUCUGAACUGGUCUGUAGUGUAUAUUACAGGAGGACUUAAUGGAUGCAUGUUAAUGUCAUGGGGUGUCUGGUUCAAUCUUCCUAGCAACCUCUUGUUGCCUCUGCUGUUUCUACACAGAAAGGGUAAAGUUUUGUGUUGCAAGAAUAACAUGCAAUGAGUAUAAAGAAGAGCGCCUAGGAUUAUUUGGAGUUGUCUCUUCCUGUAGCUUUUGCGAUGAGCAGAUGUCACCAUCUGAAGAUCUGACCGUGGCCGUGCCAGAAGAGCCAAAACUUCCCACUACCAGGGAGGGCCUACUGGGUAAUAUUCAUCACCGACUAGACUUUUUAAACCACCGGUUCCAAACUCCAGUCCAAGAGGGUCGGUGUUCUGAAACUUUUACAUGUGUCCCUGCUGCAACUAGGUCAUUAGCAAGACUAUAAAACUUUACUGCAUGCUGAGGUGGCAAUUCAGCCAUUUGAUUUAUGUUACAGCAGUUUAAGAGUGAAUGAACAUGGUGCAAUACAAACAGAUGAAGAAGUACUGUUUUUAAACUUACACUUUUAUUUAAAUUUACGUAAGUGAGGUUAGAGGUUUCCACCUCAGACUGCAGUCAAGUCUCGCUAAUGACCUACAAAUUUUAUUCAGGUGUGUUGCAGCAGGGAGACAUUUAAAAUUUUCUGGACACCAGUCCUGUUUUAAACUCGGUGUCAGUUUAGACUUCUUGGGGAGCGGGUUCCACAGAUCAACAAUAUGUAUAAUUUCUAAAUGUUGUGUUCUGUUCAAGGGGUGGUCAGCUGUUCCGUUUAUCUAGCAAUAAUAGAGUCAGUAAUAUAUAUGUAUUUUUUUAAAAGAACGAAGAAGAAGAAGCCCAGAUGUCCCAGUUUUCUACAAGCACUUGAACUCAGCUACAUUUGAGGACAGGUCUGAAGAAACCCACAUGGACACGUGACUUGAUCUGUGUGUGCCAGGUGAUUUGUGCAUGUGUAUUAACAAUCUGUGACUGAGUGAAAAAGAUGACACCAGCCAACAGGAUUCUGAUUUUGGAUGUGACAGAGAACUUUUUGUUGGGCAUUACACACAUCUAUAUUUUUAAUAACACCUCUUUUAUUUAACACACGUGUGCAUAAAUUAAUAAUAACUUAUUAAUCAAUCAAUUUAUUUAGCACAUUUAAAAACAACACAUGUUGACCAUAGUGAUGUAGAAAGUAAAACAAACACAUACAAAGAGAACAAAACAAAAACUAGGUCACAAUUAAAUGCUAGUGAGUAAAGACAGGAUUUAAAAAUUUCAAGUGUUGGAGAAUUCCUAAUUUGAAGAGGUAGACUGUUCCAAAGUUCAGCAAUUGCAAAGUCACCUCUGUCUUUUAGUCUGCUUCUAGGCACAAUCAGAGGCAGCUCAUCUGCUUAUAUAUCACUCACUCUAGUGUUACAGAUAAACAUAAUGUUUUGCAUGUGGAGUACAUAUAAGUAGCUGGGCAAUGAUACUGUAAUAGUUUUUUGAGCGAGUAGUUAAUAAUUUGUUAUUUCAUCAUUGCAACAUGGUUUUAUUUGAACGCUAAUUUGAAUAAUAAUUAGAGAAGGGAGGAGUGCUGCUCCAGUGUUUUGAGCAAAUAAUCCCACAGGAACAGACAGAGAGGGAGGAGGGCCAGAAAACAAAGGUUGAUGUUGAUUAUUAUAAAAUUAAAUUACAUUAAACAAAGUUUAUUUUCAAUUCCAGUGUAUUUUGUCAAUUCUGCAGUUUUAUGACUAACUGUGUCAUAAAAAAUUGAUUUGUGGUUUUGAAAUCAUAAUAUGUGAGUGUCUGUGUGUCUGUGUGUACAGAUUUCAAGAUGUAUUGACUUAAAAUACUUUUUCAUCGCACACAUGAUACAGUACUAUACAGUAUGUUGUCCUGACUAAAUUUGUAUAAGCUGUUUUAUAUUUUCAGCAUUAAAUAAAGUCUUUGAGUCAGUGCAUGAAAAAAACACCCUGAACACUGGGGACAGACAGUUUAUAUUACACAUUUAGAGCCAC